AACCUAUGCUCCCUAGUUCUUACCUUGAUAUUUCUUUUUCACAACACUUAUUUUCCAUGAUAUGGUGGGGUACUGUUUGGCCACGUUGCCUUGUUAAUUGGUUCAUCAAUAACUAUUCCAACAUUUGAAGUCAACAAUAUUAUGUUUAUUUACUAGUAAAAGUUUAUGGUCAAUCAAACUGCUCAAGAGUCUAGCACCUCACCUUUACAUAGUAUCUCUCCAAUCCAUCCCUUCACUUUUCAUUUUGAUAUUUCAAAUAUUUUGUUUUUGGCUAAUGGCUCUAUUUCCCUUUCUUUGUUAUCUUUUUUUCAUAGCUGCAUACCAUGCAAAAGCCGAUGAUGCAUUAUGUGAUAACAACAUAGGCAACUACACAUCCAAUAGCACCUAUGACAACAACCUUAAAACUCUUUUGUCCAGUCUUUCUUCUCAUACAGAAAUCAACUACGGUUUCUACAAUUUCUCAUAUGGCGAAGAACCAAACAAAGCAUAUGUCAUAGGGGUGUGUCGCGGAGAUAUUGAGCCAAAUCAGUGUCGUACAAACCUAAACAAUUCCAUUGGUUAUCUCAGAGAGCAGUGUCCAAACCAAAAAGAGGCAAUUGUGUGGGGUGGUGAUUUCACUUUGUGGUACUCGAAUCGCUCAAUUUUUGGGCUCUUGGAAACUUCACCUACACUCUAUUUGUAUUUACAACGGAAUACAAGUUAUGUGGAUCAGUACAUGCAAGCAGUGGCUAACUUGAUGCGAAAUCUAACGGCCAAAGCUGCUUUAGGUGACUCGCGUCGUAAGUACGAAGCAGAUAGUGUCUUUGAAACUACAAGUUUCGAAACCAUAUACGGUUAUGUGCUUUGUAUGCCUGAUUUGUCAUCGCAACAAUGCACCGAUUGCUUGAACGCAGCUAUCUCAGAAAUCCCAAAUUGUUGUAACGGGAAGAUGGGAGGAAAUGUUCUUAAACCAAGUUGUCGUCUUAGAUAUGAUCCUUAUCGCUUCUUCAAUUCCACGAUUGUCUUAGACUCACCACCAUCCACCAAUAACACUUCUUCAGGACAAAGCAAAACUGGAACAGUCAUUGCUGUUGUAGUGCCCGUUGUUACCGUGGUUUUGGUGCUCAUUUUGAUUUGCAUCUACUUAAGAUUGAGAAAGCGAAAGCAAUUCUCCAAAGCCAAUAAUGGAGCAUAUGAGGAUGGAGAUGAAGAUGAAGAUGAAAUUACGAUUGUCGAGUCUUUGCAAUUUAACUUUGAUACCAUACGAGUUGCUACAAGUGACUUCUCCGAUUCUAAUAAACUUGGACAAGGUGGGUUCGGAGUUGUUUAUCGGGGCAAGCUCCCUAAUGGACAAAUGAUUGCGGUCAAAAGAUUGUCCAAAGAUUCUGACCAAGGAGAUGUGGAAUUUAAAAAUGAAGUACUUUUAGUAGCCAAACUUCAACAUCGAAAUUUAGUUAGGCUACUUGGUUUCAGUUUAGAAGGGAGAGAAAAACUGCUUAUUUAUGAAUAUGUUACAAAUAAAAGUCUUGAUUACUUCAUAUUCAAUCCAGCCAGAAGAGCACAAUUGAAUUGGGAAAAGCGCUAUGAUAUCAUAAAAUGUAUUGUUCGAGGUCUUAUUUAUCUUCAUGAGGAUUCUCGCCUCCGCAUUAUACACCGUGAUCUCAAAGCUAGCAAUAUUCUCUUAGACGACGGGAUGAAUCCUAAAAUAUCCGAUUUUGGAUUGGCGAGAUUGUUUGUUAUUGAUCAAACUCAAGGAAAUACAAGUAAAAUUGUUGGAACCUAG